GACCUUUUCUUUCUCCUUCUUCGCGCGCAACCCCUUCGAGCCCCUUCAUAGACGACUACACCGCCCUGUGCAAGCGCAAGGUACACCCACUCUUAUUCCGAAUUCUCUCAACACGCCCCCCGACAUGGGGCGCUGGACACAGUAUGACGAGGAUGAGUACCGCCUCCCCGAGGGCAUGAAGCGGGUCGGCUACGACGCCGAUACCGCAAAGUAUUAUUUCCGCGACAGGGACGGCACGCUCUGGGAGGGCCCCGAGGGCGCACAGUUUGGCGAGAUGAGACAGGUCUCGAACGCACCAAUCGCACUAGACGAUCACGACGAGCAUGCAGACGACCUCGAGGCUGCACCGAGUCGUGCCGAUGGCUACCAACCCUUGGCCAGUGAUCCUAACCAACGCGGGCACUUCGCAAGCAGCAGCAGUUCGCAUGCAUACCGCAUGCUCUUCCCUUUCUUCCUCCUCAUCGCAGUCGUGCUCCUUCUCGUCAUCCGCCUCGUCUACUACGGAUCGCGCACGGACCCCAAGCAGCCAGACGCGUCGCUGUGCCCCGGUACCAGCGAGGCCGUGUUGGUGCACGAAGGGGAUACGUGCUGGAAGCUGGCGCAGUCCCGUAAUCGAACGGUUGACGAGCUCAUGCUCGUGAACCCCGGUUUGGACUGCAAUGGGUUGAUGCCGGGCCAGAGCGUGUGCUUGCCUUGAGUUGACGAAACGCGAAUAUACGCGUAAUGGGCGACGAUCUUGUUUCGCUACACAGUGCUCCCGCAUACUACUGAGUUCUCCCGGAUGAUCUUUUCACGCUGUAUCAUAGCUUAUUUUCCACAAUGCAGGGAUGUCCGUCAUGACCGAU